AACCUCGGGUGGGCGGGGCUUGCCCCCACAGGCUCCGGGGGUGGAGCGUGUGCCCUGAUUGGCUCUGCGGAAGGCGGCUACGUGGCAGAAGGAGGACCGUUUGUGCCUACACUGAAGCUCUGCCACACCCGCGCUGGAUUAGUGGAGGGGCGGGACCUGGGUUUCCGGCCGGAAGCGGAAGUGAGGGAAAGAUGCAGGACCAUCAGCAUGUGCCCAUCGACAUCCAGACCAGCAAGCUGCUCGACUGGCUGGUGGACAGAAGGCACUGCAGCCUGAAAUGGCAGAGUCUGGUGCUGACGAUCCGGGAGAAGAUCAAUGCUGCCAUCCAGGACAUGCCAGAGAGCGAAGAGAUAGCCCAGCUGCUCUCUGGGUCCUACAUUCACUACUUCCACUGCCUAAGAAUCGUGGACCUUCUCAAAAGCACUGAGGCCUCCACAAAAAAUAUCUUUGGCCGCUACUCUUCACAGCGGAUGAAGGAUUGGCAGGAGAUUAUAUCCCUGUAUGAGAAGGACAACACCUACUUAGUGGAACUCUCUAGCCUCCUGGUUCGGAAUGUCAACUAUGAGAUCCCCUCACUGAAGAAGCAGAUCACCAAGUGCCAGCAGCUGCAACAAGAAUACAGCCGCAAGGAGGAGGAGGGCCAGGCAGGGGCCGCUGAGAUGCGGGAACAGUUCUUCCACUCAUGCAAGCAGUAUGGCAUCACGGGAGACAAUGUCCGAAGAGAACUGCUGGGCUUGGUGAAGGACCUGCCAAGUCAGCUGGCUGAGAUUGGGGUGGCAGCUCAGUCUCUGGGGGAAGCCAUCGACCUGUACCAGGCCUGUGUGGGGUUUGUUUGUGAAAGCCCCACAGAGCAGGUGUUGCCAAUGCUGCGGUUUGUGCAGAAGCGGGGAAAUUCAACGGUGUACGAGUGGAGGACGGGGACAGAACCCUCUGUGGUGGAGCGGCCGCACCUUGAGGAGCCUCCUGAGCAGGUGGAAGAAGACGCGAUUGACUGGGGCGACUUUGGGCUGGAGGCAGUUUCUGAGAGGACUGACUCUGGCAUCUCUGCUGAGGCCGCUGGAAUUGACUGGGGCAUCUCCCUGGAAUCAGACUCAAAGGACCCUGGGGGUGAUGGGAUCGACUGGGGAGAUGAUACUGCUGCUCUGCAGAUCACAGUGCUGGAAGCCGGGACCGAGGCAGCUCCAGAAGGUGUUGCAAGGGGUCCAGAUGCUCUGACACUUCUUGAAUACCCUGAGACCCGGAAUCAGUUCAUUGAUGAGCUCAUGGAGCUUGAAAUCUUCUUGUCCCAGAGAGCGGUGGAGAUGAGUGAGGAAGCAGACAUCCUAUCUGUGAGCCAAUUCCAGCUGGCUCCAGCCAUCCUGCAGGGCCAGACCAAAGAGAAGAUGGUUACCAUGGCAUCAGUGCUGCAGGAUCUGAUUGGCCGGCUCACCAAUCUCCGAAUGCAACACCUGUUUAUGAUCCUGGCCUCACCGAGGUAUGUGGACCGAGUCACUGAAUUCCUCCAGCAAAAGCUGAAGCAGUCCCAGCUGCUGGCUUUGAAGAAAGAGCUGAUGGUACAGAAGCAGCAGGAAGCGCUUCAGGAGCAGGCAGCCCUGGAGCCCAAGCUGGACCUGCUCCUGGAGAAGACCAAGGAGCUGCAGAAGCUGAUUGAAGCUGACAUCUCCAAGAGGUACAGCGGGCGCCCUGUGAAUCUGAUGGGAACCUCCCUGUGACACCCUCCAUGUUCCUGCCUGCCCAUCUUCUCAGCCUUCGGGAUGGAGGUGGGACAGCCAGGGCCAAUGUUGUGGAGCCUUUCCCGGCAAGAAACCAGGCAGAUCAGAGGACAGAAAGCCACAGGAAGGAGCCAUCACUUGGAUGAUAACGUUGGCACUCACUGUUGUCUCUACGAGAGGCUGUCUUGAUUGUCUACAAUCCCGUGUGGCCUGUCAGCCUGAAACCACAGCUUCUCUUUCUACUUAGUCUAGUGCACUUAAUAAAAUAUGAAGACUCUUGCUUCA